AUGUUCAAUUCUCUCAAACCAAAACCUUCCCUCCAACGUUCUCUCGGAUGCCUCUCCACUUCAGCAACUUCUUCCAAAACCCACCACUACCAUCUCCCUCUCAUCUCUUCCUUAAAAGCCGCUGCAACCCAUUGCUCCAUUUCUCAAGGCCGAAAAACCCAUUGCCUCGCAAUCAAAUCAGGCUUCAUUUCCAACCCUUUUAUCCAAAACACCUUGCUUAACAUGUAUGCCAAGUGCGGUUUCAUUCAAGAUGCUCAACACUUGUUUACUUCUUCUCGUAACUUGGACCCUGUUUCUUACAACAUUAUGAUAUCUGGGUAUGUGAAAUCUGGUCGCUUCUAUGAAGCGCGGAACUUGUUUGAUCAAAUGCCUAAAAAGGGUUGCGUUUCUUAUACUACAAUGAUAAUGGGAUUUGCUUCAAAGGCUUACUGGAGAGAAGCGAUUGGGAUUUUUAAGGAGAUGAGAUAUGGUGGUAUUUUGCCUAACGAGGUUACGUUGGCAAGCUUGAUUUCUGCUUGUUCGGGUUUCGGAGGGAUUUUCAUUUGUAAGAUGUUACAUGGUUUAGCGAUUAAGGUGAUGCUUGACGAGUUUGUUAUUGUUUCAACCAAUUUGCUGCACAUGUACUGUGUUUGUGGGAGUUUAAAGGAUGGAAGGGACAUGUUUAAUGAGAUGCCAGAGAAAAAUGUUGUUUCUUGGAAUGUGAUGUUAAAGGGAUAUGCAAAAGCUGGGGAUGUUGAGGUUGCCCGAGAGUUGUUUGAGAAAAUUCCUGUGAAGGAAAAAGAUGUUGUUUCAUGGGGCACCAUGGUUGAUGCUUAUGUUAAAGUGGAUUGGUUAAGUGAAGCUUUACUAAUGUUUUGUGCUAUGUUACGUAAUGGGGUUGAGGCAAGUGGCGUUAUGAUUGUUGAUUUAGUUUCGGCAUGCGCACGACUGAGUGCAACCCGAGAGGGCUUUCAGCUCCAUGGUAGGAUUGUGAAGGUGGGUUUUGAUUGUUAUGAUUUUGUGCAAGCAACUAUCGUUCAUUUUUAUUCAGCUUGUGGGAGGGUUGAUCUUGCUUAUUUGCAGUUUGAAGUGGGUGUUAAGGAUCAUCUUGCUUCUAGAAAUGCCCUUCUUGCAGGAUAUACAAGGAACGGAAUGAUCGAACAGGCGAGACGGUUAUUCAAUGAGAUGCCUGAAAGAGAUAUUUCUUCAUGGAGCUCUAUGAUUGCUGGUUAUGCACAGAGCGGGCAACCUAACAUCGCUUUAGAGCUCUUCCAUGAAAUGCUAGCUACUGGUCUGCAGCCAAACCAAAUAACAAUGGUAAGUGUUUUCUCUGCUAUUGCCUCACUAGGCAUGUUGAGUGAAGGGGGAUGGGCUCAUGAAUAUGUGCACAAUAACUGCAUCCCUCUUAAUGACAACUUAGGUGCUGCUAUCAUUGAUAUGUAUGCAAAAUGUGGGAGCAUCGAUGCUGCCUUAGAAGUGUUUUGUCAGAUCCGAGACGAGGCCUCAACCGCCUCACCUUGGAAUGCAAUGAUAUGUGGCUUGGCCAUGCAUGGACAUGCGAAUUUAUCACUCGAAAUAUAUUCGGAAUUGGAAAGGAGGCAUCAUAUCAAGCAAAAUUCGAUAACAUUCAUCGGGGUCCUUACGGCAUGUUGCCAUGCUGGGUUGGUAGAACUCGGGGAGAGGUAUUUCAAACGUAUGAAGAGUGUAAACAACAUAGAUCCCGGUAUCAAGCAUUACGGCUGUAUGGUAGAUCUGUUGGGCCGAGCCGGUCGACUAGAAGAAGCGGAGAGAAUGAUAAGGAGCAUGCCUAUGAAGGCAGAUGUAGUGAUUUGGGGGACAUUAUUGGCAGCAUGUAGAAAGCAUGGAAAUGUGGAUAUAGGAGAAAAGGCUGCAGAGAAUUUGGAGAAGUUGGAAACAUGUCAUGGUGGGGGUAAAGUUCUUUUGUCCAAUUUAUACGCAGACGCGGGGAGGUGGGAAGAUGUAUUUUCUGUAAGGAGAGUAAUGCAAAGUCAAGGAAUGAAGAAAUAUCCCGGCUACAGUGGUGUUGUCUGAUAAAAUUUAUAUUUACAUCGAUUGGGAUUACUAUUCUAAUCAAUAUUAUAUUUAAUAAGUGAAAAGAUUUUACAUCGAA